UGUGCCGCCUUUUCCUUUCUGGACAAUAGGAAAUCACCCAAGACCUUCGCUUUCGACCAUUGCUUCCUGUCCAUGGAUGAAAAGAACCCCAAGUUUGCAGGUCAAGAGAAGGUUUUCAAGUGCCUAGGACUGGACAUUCUGGACAAUUCCUUUGAGGGUUACAACGCGUGCAUCUUUGCUUACGGCCAGACAGGUUCGGGGAAGUCUUACAGCAUGAUGGGAACGGAGGAUAACAAGGGGAUCAUACCGCGGCUGUGCGACACGCUGUUUGAGCGCAUAGCGGAGCACGACGACGACCCAUCCCUGUCUUUCAAAGUGGAAGUGUCCUACAUGGAGAUUUACAAUGAGAAAGUCAGGGACCUCUUAGAUCCCAAGGGGAAGCAAAACUUGAGAGUUAGAGAACACAAGAUCUACGGACCGUACGUAGACGGUCUGUCAACAUUAGCUGUGUCUUCAUUCGAAAAUAUAGAUGCCUUGAUGUCAGAGGGCAACAAGUCCAGAACCGUAGCGGCAACCAACAUGAACUCGGAGAGCAGUCGGUCACACGCGGUCUUCAACAUCACGGUGACGCAGACCCUGACGGAUAUAGAGACAGACGUUUCUGGGGAGAAAGUCAGCAAAAUCAGCCUAGUGGAUCUGGCCGGCAGCGAGCGCGUUCAGAAGACUGGCUCCACGGGGGACAGGCUAAGGGAAGGGGGCAAUAUUAACAAGUCGCUCACAACGCUAGGUCUUGUUAUAUCUGCGCUAGCCGACCAGUCAGUACCCAUGAAAGGGAAGAAGAAGAACACAUUUGUGCCUUAUCGGGACUCGGUACUCACGUGGUUACUGAAGGAGUGUUUAGGAGGCAAUAGCAAAACGGUCAUGGUGGCUACGAUCAGUCCCUCCAGCGAUAACUACGAAGAGACGCUAUCGACGCUACGAUACGCAGACAGGGCCAAGAGAAUUGUCAACCACGCUGUCAUCAAUGAAGAUCCUAAUGCUAGAAUAAUCCGGGAACUUAGGGAAGAAGUGGACUCCCUUAAAAAGCAGCUGAAAGAAGCAGUGAGUAUGAAGGCAGACACGUUGAAGGAAAGGCUAGCAGAAUCGGAGAAGCUGAUGAGAGAGAUGACGCUAAGCUGGGAGGACAAGUUACUCAAGACGGAACACGUUCAUAAGGAACGGCAACAAACUCUUGAGAAGAUGGGAAUCUCCGUCCAGACCUCCGGAAUCAAAGUGGAGCGCAACAGAUGCUUCCUGGUCAACCUAAACGCCGAUCCGUCGCUGAACGAACUACUGGUCUACUACCUUAAGGAGCACACAUUGGUCGGAGGAGUCGACUCAGACAAGAAACAAGACAUCCAGCUUAACGGUCUUGGCAUCAUGCCCCAACACUGCAUCAUCGACGUCGAGAAUGAAAUGGACGUGUACUUAAUACCCAUAGACGGAGCCAAAUGUUGCGUGAACGGUUCAGCGAUCACGGACCGGACAGGCCUAAGACAUGGCGACAGGAUACUACUAGGCAACUACCACUUCUUCCGUAUCAACUGCCCCAGGCCUCCAGGAGUUGGAUCGAGUGGUGCAUCAACGCCAGAUGUGGAGCCCCAGAAUUCCAACUACGACUUCGUCUACGCCCAGAAUGAAGUCAUGAUGAAAGAAAUGACAAAUGAUCCCGUCCAAGCCGCCAUGCAGCUCCUGGAGUCGCAGCACCAGAAGGACAAGAAGGGCGCCCUCGAGAAGCAACGCGAGAAGUACGAGCGCGAGCUGGAGACGUUAAGAAAGCAACUGAUGCCGCGGCAAGCCAUGGAGAGGACGGACACGGCUUACUUCUCGGAUCAGAGCCCUGGUAGCGAGGCCAGUAUGGAUGCGGGACAGAACCUGAAGUAUAAGGAGUGGGCUGAGGAAAGAGACGAGCUAUUCCGCCAGAGUCUAGCCCGGCUACGGGAGGAAGUCGUCAAAGCCAACGCGCUGGUCCGAGAAGCCAACUUCCUGGGCGAGGAGAUGGGCAAACUGACGGAGUUCAGAGUCACGUUGCAGAUACCAGCCUGCAACCUUACUCCAAACAGAAAACGAGGAGCCAUUGUCAGCGAGCCGGCCAUCCAAGUCAAGAGGAAGGACCGAGGCACCCAGAUCUGGUCGGUGGAGAAGUUGGAGAACAAGAUCAUUGACAUGCGGGAGAUGUACAACGAGAGGAAAGAGAAGGGUCUACCGCUCAAAGAUGGACCGAUGCGGCCUCGCAAGCUCUCCUUUUUUGAGUCUCAGGAUUUCCUAGCCGGGAUUCUAUCUCUGCAGGAUUAUUUCUUGCCCAAACCCCGCCACCCCCCUGGACUUCCAUCAACCAAUAAGUCCAAGGAAGCUGAAGACCCCGUGUGUGAGGAUCCUUUCUAUGAGUCGCAGGAGAACCACAGCCUGAUAGGCGUGGCUAACAUCUUCCUGGAGGUUCUCUUUCACGACGUGCGGUUGGACUACGCCGUGCCAGUCAUCAGCCAGCAGGGGGAGGUUGCUGGCAAGCUGCACAUUGAGAUCCAGCGAAUCAGCGGAUCCAUCCCAGCUUCGGAUCACUCCCUUGACAGCCAAUCAGAGAGCAGCAACGAGAGCUCAAGCGGAUACGAGGGGUUUGAAGACCACGAACCUGAAGGGGGGCUGGCCGUGGGGGCACCGCUCACGUGCAAGGUCAAGAUCCGAGACGCCACGGACCUACCCCCCAGCCUCGCCCAUUUUGUCUUCUGUCAGUACACCUUCUGGGGUCUUGACGGCCCCACCGUGGUGCCGCCUUUCAUCAAUCCGGACCUGGAGGAACUGCCGGGGAGACCCAUGGACGGCAGCAAAGGGAGCAUGAGGUUCAACCACACCAAGGAGUUUACCGUCAACGUAUCGGAGGACUUCAUUGAGCAUGCCCUGGAGGGCUCCCUCGCCAUCGAGGUCUGGGGACAUCGCAGCAGCGGCUUCAACACGUCGUCCAAACCGGGCUGGGAAAUCGACAACCUCAACGCGAAGUCGCGAUCGUUAGCGGAUAGGUGGGGUGAAUUGAUCCGUAAGAUCGAGAUGUCCUGUGAAAUCCAUGAGUUGAACGAGCAAGGCGACUACGUACCAGUUGAGUGUCUACAUAAAUCUGAGGUUCUGACUGGCGGGAUCUUCCAACUAAGACAGGGGCACUCAAGACGAAUCCUAAUACGAGUGAAGCCUGUCCUGAACUCUGGCACCCUGCCAAUAAUCUGCGAGGCCAUCACGUCGGUCUCUGUUGGCAGCAUCUGCGGGCGCUCAAAACUCCAGAAGGGAUUGGACAGUUACCAGGACGACGACCUGAGCCGGUUACGGGCGCGGUGGUCCAAUGCGCUGAAGCGGCGGCACGAGUACCUGGAUGACCAGAUCAAGAGGAUAAUGGAUAAACAGGGUAAGUCGCAGAAGGACUACGAGCGCGAAGCCAGCCUAAUCAACCAGUGGGUGUCACUGACCGAAGAGAGGAACGCGGUCCUGGUGCCGGCACCAGGGAGCGGGAUACCGGGCGCGCCGGCCAACUGGCGGCCGCCCGUCGGCAUGGAGACCCACAUACCGGUGCUGUUUCUGGACCUCCAAGCUGAUGACAUGGGAACAUCAGGCGGCCUAGAAGGCAUGCACGCUGCUGGAUACAACUCCAUCUUACCAAAGGAACAUGGGAACAAGAUGUUCAACCUCCCCAUAGUCAAGUACUGUGAGAAAGACGUGUGUGCUGUUGCAUCCUGGGAUUCCUCCAUCCACGACUCGCCACACCUCAAUCGAGUGACGGGCCCCAACGAGCGGAUCUACUUAAUCGUCAAGGCCGUGGUCCAGCUGAGUCACCCGGCGACCAUGGAGCUAGUGCUACGGAAACGCAUCUGCGUCAACAUCUACAAGAAGCAAGGGUUCACCUCGACGAUCAAGAAGAAGAUGGGACGGAUGGAUUCAGUACAGGCAUGUGGCGUAACGUACGAAAUUGUCUCAAACAUUCCAAAGGCAUCAGAGGAUCCAGAGGACCGGGAAUCUCUGGCCCUGAUGGCCGGCUCCGGAACGGAAGAAAACACGACCUCCUCCGACGGCGAGACGUACAUCGAGAAGUACACACGGGGCGUGUCGGCCGUGGAGAGCAUCCUGGCCUUGGACAGACUACGACAGGAGGUCGUCAUCAAGGAGAAGUUGGCUUCCCGAGGGAGGAAUCUUAGGAAAACGGCCAGCGUGCCCAAUAUAUCAGGUGCAAUGUCCCGCUCCAUCGAUACCAGUAGAUCCAUGGAUGGACUCGAUGACGAUUUCAGGUUAAUCCGCUCGGAGAGCCUACGCAACCUCAGCCCCAACCCUUCCCCCGGCUCCAUGGGGGGUCCCGUCCAGUACCUUGCCGCCAAGCCAGCCCGACCACGUUCUCUCCUGCUCACGGACCAGAACACGUACAUCCCCUACGCGGCGUACCAGCCGGACGUCUACAACGUGUACUCCUACAGUAGUAGCCCCUAUGGCAGUAGUCCUCAGCAUCAUCAAUUCGUCGGCAUGAGCCCGACGCAGAGCCCCGGCUUAUCUCCCCACGUCUACCUCAGCAGUCCGGUGGGAUUGCGACCUUCGCCCUUUAGCAAAGUGGUCAAGCCCUUGCGGCCUGUCCGGGAAGAGCAGAGCAGGGAAAUGGACACUGCCAGUAAACGAAAGCUUGACCGAGGAGAAGACAGUCUUCAUCACCAUGGUAACUCCAGUCAGCUCCACUCGCAGUCUUCCUCUCAGCAGCAGCAGCAGCCUCGCCAGCGUCAUUCCCUCCCUCGUCUCCUCCCCAGCGAUCAUCAAGAUUCGGCAGACCUCGCAGACGGCGUCUUCAGGAUGUCCUUCGAGGAGUCCUCUGAGAUCUCCAACCCCAGGAACUUCACCAUCGGCAACGAGCCGGUGAGAGUGAGCGGCCAGCAGUUGCAGAUGAAUAAUGGAUCUGCUGAAGGAUUCCAUCUGGAUGGUUCUUUCGAAGAACGGGCUCAGACUUACCAAACAUCCACCCCUAGGAAGGGAUCGAAGAGGACCGACAUCUUCUCACCAAGGACAGAUAUUUCAGAUUUCCUUAUCAAUUUUGACGAUUCAACCCGAGAGUCGGAAAGUCUUGAAAGGGCACAGGAUCAUGGCGCCUCAGUUAUCAUGAAAUCUGACCAAAUCAAACCCCCAUCGGAUGUUUUGCCUGUUUUUGACCCUCUUGGUGUUGUACGCCUUGAUUCUCUGGAAGACCAUCCAAUCCCCCGGAGAAGAGUCUCUUCGUCAUCCGUGUCUGGAGAUCCACUAUCAACGACAAUCCCUUCUAAGUUGAGCACACAAGACCAACGGCCACUCCAAGAUUUCGUUCGGGAUCCUAAGAAUCUAACAGAAGAUUCAUUAUUUCUUAGCCUUAAUCUUGGAGGCUCUGCCGAACUAAGACUUCAGAGGAGAGCUCCAGAAGGCUCUGCCGCUAGCUUCCAAAAGUCUAUCCCCCUUCUGCAACCAAAUCCUGCCUCCCAUUCUACUCUUUUUCAGCCCUGCCGAAAUAAAGCCACUGAGUAUUUACAAGGAGCCAAUUUGAAUUCAGAGAGUGAGUCUUUCAAGAGGAGAACUUUUUCCGAAGAUCUAGAAAUGUCGCUGCUCUUGCCACAGGAGCAAGAGUUGCACAAGUCGCUUCCCAGCUUGUUCCAACAUGAUGUAGUAAACUUUGACGAUGAAUGGUCCGUAUUUGAGGAGCUGGAGGCACCACAGAAACAGAACGAUUCUCAGAGCUCCUCAGAAGAUACCCCUAGAGUCCCUGACUUUAUUGAGAACUCAUCAAAUUUGUGUGUGAAUGAAACCCCAAGAAAUCACUCUAAUCUAGAAAGCAAUGAAAAGCAUCCAGAAAAUUCAGAACAGAGUCACAAGAACGAUGGCAUCUCUGCCCAAAAAGCUUCAAAUGAUUCGGAGAGAAGUGCUACCAAUAAAGCCUCAGAGGUUUCAGUGACCACUGCUGAAAUUUCAAACAGUGUUCAAACUGAAAGCAUCCAUAUCAAUCGUGCAUCGCCAAGACAAAAAGUUGAUUCUGGAUCCAAGUUUCAACGUCACUUGACGUCUCCAAAGGUCUGUAGGGUUCACCCCUUGCUGUCGCCAGGUGAGCAGGUAUUCUUGGGACCCACAGAAAUUCUUGAUAAAACUGAUGAGUCAGAGAGACUGGAGACACAAGACCCAGAACCCAUGGAAUUAACGAUGGAUGCUUUAGAUACGAGAUCCGCCAUCCAGUGUAGUGCAUCAGACCACACUCUCGGAGAAGCUGUACAAGCCCAGAGUGAUCUGGAACCUGAGGAGGUUACUGGCAGCAAACCAAUUCCAAUCAAUCACCAGUUGUUGCGAAAAACUGAUCACUCAGACUCAGCGACUCAUGCUUCCCUCGACCGACCCUCAGAGCUCUUGCUUCAAGACACUGACAACAAUAACCUGUUGACAUCCUGGGAUGAUCUAAAAUCAUCUCAAGAUGCUCACGCAUCUCCUGAGGAGCUCCCUCCAUCUCCCUGUCCAGUUGAGGCACCAUCUAGACCACAGGAUGACGAUGCCUCGUCUCGGCUCUCGCUGACGGACAGCGACUGCCUGACGGGGACCUCCGCCAGCGAUUUGGAUGACACCUUUAGCUUCGGGUCUUACGACAGCCGGCAGGACGGGUCCUACAAGAGCACCGGCAGUGAGACCCCAACGUGGCUGGAUGUUGGCAAGCGAGUUGAGGUCGGCGGGUCCAGGCAUGGGGUGGUGAAGUUUGUCGGGAAUACAACCUUCCGCCCUGGCGUUUGGGUUGGGGUAGCUUUGGACAGCGCUGUAGGCAAGCACAAUGGCUGUGUCCAGGGCGUCCGCUAUUUCACCUGCAGACCCAAGCAUGGAAUCUUCGUCAGACCCGACCGCCUCUCCCCUUCUACGACCCACAAUGCAUCAUCACCGACCAUUACAACAGCGCCCCCAAUAGACAAGAAGCAGACCCAGCCCAAGAGAAAACUGAGCACUGAAAAGAAGGGUCGAACCACGAGGGGCGGAGCAGUUGAAAAAGGAGCGGGGGAUGCCAAGCACCGAGGUAGCCAGAGAGGGAUCAAUGUGAACAAGGCAACGACAAGCUGAGGAUGCUCCGUAACCUGUUCUGACUGGAUCUGGCUGGUUUGAACUGGUUCUGUCCAGUAGCGAUGCCAAGAGAUUGAUUACCAACAGAGAAAGAAAUAUGAUUUUUCCCUCAGCGAAAGAAAUAUGAUUUUUCCCUCCCAACAAAAAAAUGCAUGGGGAUAAAAAUGUUAUAUUACAUGUACAUCUUCCUUCAUGAACUGGACAAAACUAGUUAAACUAGCCAGAACUGGUCGGAACCAGCUAGAACCAGACAGAACUUGUCAUGAUCUUCUGGAAUAUUGAAAGAUAACUUCCCGUUUAUCAGUAUUGUGUUCCCAUCUAAAAUUUUAGUGGCUUUGCUCCGACAGUAUUACUGUAAAAAUGUUCAACACUGUUUGAAUGUAAUUUUCACAAGAAUUAUUCUGCCAUUUUUUUCCAUGCAAUAUUCUCUUUUGAGCCCGUUUACUGCUUGCUAUAAAAUGUCAGCAUUGGCAACUUUUAUUUAAGUAUAUAGCCAUACAUACAUGACAUACGUGUAUAUACUUGCGUGACAAAUGCUUUUCUUAAAAUAUGUUUAUGAUUCAACAUUUUAAAUUUGCUUUGCCAUCAACGGCAACUUUGCGUGCUGCUGCCCAUUCCUUCACUGCUUCAUAAAUUUAUGCUUCAACUGUUUCAUUGAUUCGUUAUAAAAUGAUACGAGGCGUUGCGAAAUCGCGGCUUCAGUCUCCAGCCUUGGCUCCAUCUCUAGAGAUGGAGCCACAGUUUUAAGUCAACCCCUGAGAGAUUUGCAAUAUUUUACAGGGUCAAUGUUGUUGAGUUUUAUUGCAAUCAAAUUGUAUUGAUGUUUAGUUGUCCAAUGUUUAUUCUAUUUCAUUAACCUGCUAAGCACAGAAUAAUUUGCUAAACAAAACCAGGUUACCAGCCAAAUUGUAAUGGGAUGUACAAUGUAUACUGCUUGUUACUGGUUCCCCGCUGAGUUUUGCGUAACAUAUCUUUUGUUAAGCAGGAAUGUGAAAUUGGUCUUUGAUCGCAAAAUAUUUCAAAAGAGUACAAAGAGUAGUCAGAUACCUGUGCCAUCUUAAUAAGUGUUAUUUUUUUACCAUACUGUUAGGGAACUAGACAGCAUGGAUUUUCAUUUUUAGAAUCAAGGUGUUGAGUUCAUUUUAUAUUACUUUAUGGCAGUCUUUCUGAGACAACAUGCCAAAAAAAUCUCCUUUUCCGUUUUACUGUACAAAAACUCUUUAAGAUUCCGGUUUAUACAUAUGCACGUAUGAAAUUGUUGACAAUAUAUGUACAAAAAAAAAUGGAAGUUUUGUGUAAAUACUAUCAAUUGUACAUAGUUCAACUUUAACGUGAUACAAAAUGGUUGCACCCACGUUUUGUAUUGCAAUAAGAAUUUUAUGAAAAAUUUUACCAAAAAAAAAGGCAAUUGGUGACUUUUAUUUUGGGUGGGAGAUUCCAUUUGGUGAAGGGGGAAUAGCUUAUAGGAAGAUACUUUUUUUUAUCUCUUGUGCCAUGAUAUUUAAGGUUUUUCUGGGGAAGGUUUUCCAGUGGAAUCAGAAAUCACGAAAAACUGUAGUACUUUUGAUUUUAGUUACAUGUACAGUACAUAAAAUAGCCACAUAAUACUUUAGGCCAGUACUUAGAUUUUUCUUUUCAGGUUUUACAAUCUGCUUUUGCUUGUCAGUUUAUUACCAAUGCCAUGUAGCCAGUAAAAUCACUUACACUCUUUUUAAGUUGUGCGUAUUUACAACAUUUCAUUGCAGCAUUACGUUGGUCGAAAGAGUCGAGAGUUGCCAAAUGUUUUUGACCAAG